GAUGCCAGGGAAGGCACCUCUGGAAUGUCUGAAAGUCAGGGGACAAACAAUGGAAGCCACACCAGCAAGACUGGUUCCAACAAUGGCAGCUCUGCUGUGUGCUUUGGGCAGUACCGGUAUACGGCAGCCGAAUACGUGGCCAUCCAGAAUGCCCUGCGUCAGAGGCUGGGUCCGGAGUACAUCAGCAGCCGGCAGGCUGGUGGAGGACAGAAGGUUUGUUAUAUUGAGGGUCACAGGGUCAUCAGUCUGGCCAAUGAGAUGUUUGGCUACAAUGGCUGGGCUCAUUCGGUCACUCAGCAGAAUGUUGAUUUUGUUGAUCUCAACAAUGGCAAAUUCUAUGUGGGAGUUUGUGCAUUUGUGAAAGUCCAACUCAAGGAUGGGUCGUACCAUGAAGAUGUGGGUUACGGCGUGAGUGAGGGCCUGAAGUCUAAGGCAUUGUCCCUAGAAAAGGCAAGGAAAGAAGCAGUGACGGAUGGACUGAAGAGGGCACUCAAGUGCUUUGGAAAUGCUCUUGGGAACUGCAUUCUGGACAAAGACUACCUGCGAUCAGUGAAUAAACUUCCUCGUCAGCUGCCUCCUGAGUUGGAUUUGGCCAAAGCAAAAAGGCAAGACUUUGAGCCUGCAAUAGAGAAGGCUAGAUACAGUAGCUGUCUGCAGAAGCAGAGUGCAUGGCAACCCCAGCAUUGUGAGAGCAUGUCCCCAUGCAAACCUGGCCAGGAGGCGGCUUCCUUAAGCACAGCUGAGCAGGAGCAGCAAAACAGCUCCAGACAUAGCAUCACCUUAGUCUGUGGGAGUGAUGCCACUUACCAGCGGAAGUUACGGCAGAAGCAGCUUCAGCAGCAGUUCCGGGAGCAAAUGGAGAAAAAACAGCUGACAGUAGCCAAUCCAGUCAGCAAACAGACAGCAUCUCAUCCCUCACUGGUGAAACACAGCACUCCAGCACAACAGGAACCAACUGCAGAAGAGGAGUUCUUUGCAGAUGACCCUGAGCUUUGGGACAUCCCCCUGGAGACCACUGCUCUCACUGAUACGGAGAGCCACCAAAAAGCAGUUGUAGCAGCCCAGCCUCCUGCAACACCUCUUGGACACUAUCACAUGACAACACGCAGCAAGACCCCUCAAACAAUGAACCAUAAGAAACCACAAAUGAGAGCUGCACCAUGGCAGGUGUCCCCUAGGCACAGGCCUUACAGCCCCUCUUCCAACCAAGGUGCACCAGUACAAUGCUCAGAUUAGGUCAAAAGGAAUGACGUCUACUCUCCUCGCUAGAGGCAUGGGGCUUUGGGAAAAAACAGAAGUAAGUGAAUUGAUUGAUUAUGUGAAAUUUCAAAACUAUCUUAGCAGUGAAUUUCAGGUGUAGUUGUAGCAAGACUUUAUCCUUACAGAAUACUGUGUAUAUAGGAUUAGCCAUUAAGGCCCCAAGUUCACCCACCCUUCUGGACAAGGUGAUGGCAAUGACAAAGGUGACCUUCAUUGAUAGGUGAGCCACGAAAUGCAUAAUGAGUGCUCUGAAGGAGAUCUUCUGAGUGCCGAAAGCACGAAAUUAAGUUCCCAGUGGGGGGAUGGUUUCUUUACUGGCAGAAAGGUUCUGAUCAGUCCUUCAAGAACUGGGCUGUUAUUGGCUGGAUAAAGAGUCAUCAUUUGCUGGUGAACCACACACACUAACUGCUGCUAGAUAAACUUAAGGGUAAAAUCUUACCAUCUUGAGGGUAAAAUGAUAGUCUAAAAACAGUGGGAAUAUCCACUGUCUGGUGGAGAUAUAUGGUUUCUCUGUCUGGGCCCAGCAAAAUAUUUCCACUUGGCUAAGUAACAUUUUCUGGUGGUCUUUUCUGCUAUUAAGAAUGAUUGCUCAACACCAAUCCAAAUACCAAGCCAUGAGAUGAAGAACAUCUGGGGCGGGAUGCCUUACCCUACCACUUUUCUGGGUCAAGAGAUCCAGAUACCUCCAAAUGCUGUUAAGUGGAGGAUGACAUUUGAAGGAGGCUUGGAAACCAAAUUGUUCAGGCCAUCUUGGGUGGAGGAGGAUAACUUGUGCCCCAUCUAGUCAAAUUUCCCACAGAACUCAAGGCAGUAAUGGGAUGGAAGGGAAGGCAUAGCUGAAGUGAUCUGUCGACAGUAGGAGGAGUGCAUCACUUCUGGAGUACUGACCUCUGGAGCAGUACAUUUUGCACUUCCUGGCAGGUUGGGGAGUCCACAUGGUCAGGUUCCAAGUGGGGGCUCCCCACUGAGUGAAGAUGCUAUUUACUACUGAAUCAUGUAACUCCCACUUGUGAUCAGUGGUGAAACGUCUGCUGGCAUUGUCUGCCAGUGAAUUCUGGAUGCCCAGGAGGUACAUUGCCAAUAGGGUGAUGUGGUGCUGUAUACACCAGUUCCAUAAGUUGACCGCUUGUAUAUAUGGGGGAAAGGAACGCACCCUCCCCAUUUGUUCAUAUAGAAAAUGGUAGUUAUGUUGUCUGAUCUUAUGAGGAUGCACUGGGAUUGUAUGAAUGGUAUAUAUGCUUUCAGCAAGCCUCCUGUAUGGAUCUCAGUUCCAAAAGACUGAUGUGCAUUCAAACUUCUUGAAACGUCCAAGUGCCUUGUAAUGUGUGAUCAUCCAUGUGGGCUCCCCAACCUAUCAGGGAAGCAUCUAUUUAUGGUUGGGUGUAGGAGAUAAAAAGAGAACUCCCACACACACAUCCAGAGUCCCUCCACCAUGCCAGAGAGGGGCUCACCUCAGAAGAAACUGUCACUGUGGGAUUCAUGCUGUACUUGCUCAGUGUAUAUGCUGUUUGGAGCAAAGCUUUCAGGCAACAAAAGUGGAGUCAGGUGAACAACAUUAUGCAAGUUUAUAACUCCAUACAGCCCAGGAGAGCAAGGCACAUCCGAACUCAUAUUUCGAGAUUCGUAUGUAACCACGUCUAUAUGAGCACCCAUGGCACAAAAUCUGUCAGUGGUGAAGUAGGCCCCUUCCCUUGAUUGAAUCCAGUGUUGCUCCUAUAAAUUCUAUGGUCUGUGUCGGAGUCCAGGUAGACUUUUUCAUGUUUACACAGAUUCCCAGGAAUGCUAGAAGGUGGAGUAGCAAUGAAGUUGAUGUUAACACUUCCAGGCAAGACCUACUGGUUAGAAACCAGUCAUCCAAGUACAGGAGGAUGGUGGAGCCAUCUUGUCUACACUGAGCUGCUAUUAUUGAGAAAAUUUUUGUGAAGACUCCGGGAGCAACUGUGAGCCCAAAUCGGAGCACCCUGUAUUGACAAUGGUGGGGAUCCACCACAAACCUAAGGAAUAGGUAAUAUCCUUUACUGGACCAACUUCAGUUGGUGAGAGAGACAAGUUUUCAAGCUUACAUAGAGCUAUGUAAGCUCAGAAGCUUGUCUCUUUCACCAACCAAAGGUGAUCCAAUAAGGCAUACUAUCUCACCAACCUUGCCAUUCUAAUAUCCUGGGACGAGCACAGCUAAAAUACUACUGCAUAUAUCAAGAGCUGAGAACCAUGUUGAGGGAUGGUAUUAUCAGUGUUAAUGUAACCAUGAGGAAUUUUAGUUUUGAAUAAAAAAGUUCAGUUGACUCAGGUCGAGAACGGAUCUACAGCUUCCCUUCUUUUUUGGGGACUAGUAAAUACUUUGAACAGAACCCAUUUCCUUGAUGUGGAGGUGGGAUGCUAUAUUUCUCCUCGUUGGGGAAAAAAACCUGUAUGUUCUGACAGAAUUCCCUUUGAGAGUGGUCCUUGAAAAAGCACAGUGAAGGGAGCUUUGGGGGAGGUGGGCAAAGAAACUCAAUGGUAUAGCCGGAACGGGAAGAUAUCCAGUACACAUUUGUCUGUUAUUUCCCAGUUUGGGGGAAAUUUCACUAGCCAUCCCCCUGAAAUGAAUCUCAGAAUUUGGUGAAUCUCAGAAUCUGGUGGCCUCAAUAUUGGUUCACAGCUCUCUAGAAUCAUGUCCUAAGUGUCUCUUCAUUGGAUGGCAAGGUAGGUAGUCAUGACUGGAGUGGAAGGCACCAGGUAUUCUGGUCUCUGUUUGCAAGACGGCUCGUAGGAGCAUUGAUAAAAGCAUUGUGGUAAGGACCUUGGUUUUUAAGGCUGUUGGAUAUUUUCUCUUUGGAGCAGGUGUAUAAAUACCCAGGGAGCAAAGAGUUGCCCUAAAGUCUUUCACUAAGUGCAGAGACUCAUCCAGUCUUUUCAUUAAAGAGAUUAGUUUCAUCAAAUGAGGCCUUCAGCUGUGCUCUGAACCUCCAUCUUGAGCCCCGAAGAGCUUAACCAUGAUUC